UCUCACACUCACACACAAGCAGCGGCUCCGUCCCUCCCUCUCCGGCCUCUGCUCUUUCUUCCUCCUCUUCGUUGCCGCAGCCGCAGCCGCCUUCGCCGUGCGCUACGGCCGGCGUAUGGGACCCGCAGGCCGGCUGUCCGUGGCGGCCGCUCUCCUCUCCUGCCUAUGUUUACAUGGGCUGUUGGGGAAUUCCGGGCAGGCAUUUGCUCAGGGCCCGCCGGUGCUCCACCGGAUCGACCACGCGGAGGAAGAUGACGACAGCGGCGGCCUCAUGCCGGAGCUCUCGCCCACCGGCUCCCCCCAGCCCUUCGUCCCCUUCCUCGCGCCUGCCCCUCUCGCGCCCUUCUACAACAACUCUACGCCCAAGUUGUCAGGCAAAUGCUCACUGAACUUCACUGCCAUCAAUGGCCUGAUGACCACCACGGCCGUCGAUUGCUUCGCCUCAUUCGCUCCGUUCCUCGCCAAUGUCAUCUGCUGUCCCCAGCUCCAGGCCACUCUCACCAUCCUCAUAGGACAGUCCAGCAAGCAGACGGGGUCCCUCGCUUUGGAUCCCACUCUUGCCAACUACUGUCUCUCUGACGUCCAGCAGCUGCUCAUGAGCCAGGGCGCGAGUGAUGAUCUCCGCAGCAUUUGCUCCGUCCACCUCUCCAAUGCCACCGAGGGGUCGUGCCCCGUUAGCACCGUUGAUGCGUUUGAGAGCGUCGUCGACUCAUCAAAGCUCCUCGAGGCCUGCCGGAAGGUCGAUCCUGUUAACGAGUGCUGCAGCCAGACAUGCCAGAGUGCUAUAAGUGAUGCUGCCCGCAAAAUCUCUUCCAAGGACGCUGCGUUGACAAGCGACACUGCCAGUCCCAAAGUUGACAGUUGCAGGAACGUUGUACUUAGAUGGUUAUCCAGCAGGCUUGAGCCAUCAUCCGCAACCAAAAUGCUCAGGCAGAUAUCAAACUGUAAUGUCAAUGGAGUUUGCCCACUAAGCUUCCCAGACACAAGUAAGGUUGCAAAGGAGUGUGGUGGUACAGUUAAAAACAUUACUGUAUGCUGCAAGGCGAUGGACAGUUACGUAUCUCACUUGCAAAAGCAAAGUUUCAUAACAAAUUUGCAAGCUUUGAAUUGUGCCUCAGUCCUUGGGGCAAAAUUACAAGAUAUGAAGGUCAGCACAAAUGUUUAUAGCUCAUGCCAAGUAACAUUGAAGGAUUUCUCACUUCAAGUUGGAUCUCAAGAAUCUGGAUGCCUUCUUCCAAGUAUGCCCUCUGAUGCAUCAUUUGACCCUUCUUCUGGGAUUAGUUUCACAUGUGAUCUGAAUGAUAACAUAGCUGCCCCAUGGUCGCCUUCUUUGCAAGCAUCGGCUUCGACAUGCAAUAAAUCGGCUGCUCCUGGACCUAUAAUCCCAGAGAGGCCUGCAGCAACAUCGGCGCAAAACGGUGUCAACCACAACAGACUGGAGCUUAGCCUAGCCGUCUGCUUUGGCGCCCUUGUGGCCACUAUUUUACUGCAAGUCUAGUUCACCUUAGUUUGUCAAAUUAUCCAGAGAUUGAGGAGAGCUGAUUGGAACUGUGAACCGCGGAGUUUUUGUGCGUGCUUGGUCAUUGCAUCAGAGCAUUGUAACUGGUAGCUAUUAGUGUAAUUUGUUGUAAGCCACAGAAUGAUAGUGAAUGCAACACUGACUCUAAUUUAUUACUAUUGCCUUUUGUAUAGCGAGUAGUGAAGGUUCCAUAAUUCUGCAUGACAACUUGGAUAGACUUGAUUUUGUUGUCUAAUGGUUUGUCACUUUAUUAAUGAUUUUUAUGAUUGGUUCA